AUGAGGGCCCCCCGGAUAUUGCUCACAUCACUUCUAGCGGUGUCUGUACUCGCUGGUUUGAUCCACAAUGAACAGGACUCUUCGAUAGAGGAAAUUGGUGCCGCCGACGCUUCGGUGGAGUCGCCCAAAAAGUCCCAUCAUCUCAAUAUUCACCACGUGGAAACAGACGACAACGUUCCUUCGCAGUUACAAAUGAACCAGUUGAACCAAAACCAGGAUGUGGACGAAAAACCAUCAUAUAAUGCAUUUCUCAUGUCGAUCUCGAUGAUUGUGGUUUCAGAAAUCGGUGAUAAAACCUUUUUGAUUGCGGCGUUGAUGGCCAUGAAACACAACCGGAUCCUCGUGUUUGCCGCUGCAUUCUCCUCGUUGGCAGUAAUGACGGUUUUGUCCGGAAUUGUGGGCCAUGCGUUGCCGACGUUGAUCUCGCAACGUCUUACCCAAUUUUUGGCGUCGAUUCUUUUCGUGGUUUUCGGCGCCAAGUUGCUCAGAGAGGGCUUGGCAAUGUCCAAGGACGUGGGAGUGGACGAGGAGUUGGCCGAGGUGGAGGAGGAAAUACAAUCCAGUGACCUCAACAACCGGUUGGACUCUGCGGAAUCGGGCGCUCCUUUCGAUCCCAGACCCAACACAAAAAAAUGGUACCAAGAGUACGCCAGCCAAAUGAAGGAUUUGGCGUCGUUUGUGUUGUCUCCCAUCUUUAUCCAGGUGUUCGUAAUGACAUUUUUGGGCGAAUGGGGAGACAGAUCCCAGAUAGCCACCAUUGCCAUGGCAGCUGGAUCCGAGUACUGGUACGUCAUUAUGGGUGCCAUAGUGGGCCACGGGCUUUGCACCGCUGCUGCCUGUGUUGGUGGAAAGUUGUUGGCCAAGCGCAUAUCCAUGAGAACCAUUACCCUUGGUGGUGCCAUUGCAUUUUUCGUGUUUGCGAUUCUCUACUUUUACGACGCCUACUACAACACCGGCGCAGCCUAA